AUGGGGCCUGACCCCCAGCUCAGGGCCCCCGCCUGCCGUUCCUGGGGCCCCGAAACCCCACGGACGCCCCGUGCCCCGCCGCCUGCUGGCAUCUCUGGGGCCAGACACGGGGGGCCCAACACCCCCAGCCUGUCCCGCCUCGAGCCCCUUGGGGUGUCCCCGCUGCUCCUCGGGCUUCUGGCCAGCGGCUCGCACCUGCACCCCAACCCCAGGGCCAGCGGCUCGCACCUGCACCCCAACCCCAGGGCCAGCGGCUCGCACCUGCACCCCGACCCCAGGGCCAGCGGCUCGCACCUGCACCCCGACCCCAGGGCCAGCGGCUCGCACCUGCACCCCGACCCCAGGGCCAGCGGCUCGCACCUGCACCCCGACCCCAGGGCCAGCGGCUCGCACCUGCACCCCCGACCCCAGGGCCAGCGGCUCGCACCUGCACCCCCGACCCCAGGGCCAGCGGCUCGCACCUGCACCCUGACCCCCGACCCCAGGGCCAGCGGCUCGCACCUGCACCCCAACCCCAGGGCCAGCGGCUCGCACCUGCACCCCCACCCCCAGGAGGCGGAGCCUGAGGAGGAGCAUGGCCCUGGCGGCGGUCAAGCAGACCAGGCUCGGCUCCAAGUGACGGGCAAAGCACGGACGGGAGGCGCGGCUCGAGGGGGAGAGCGCCGGCCUGCAGGGGACAAGCGGAGCAAGCGCAGGGGCCCUCUGCACACGUGGCGCGCACCCGGCCCCCACGGCAGCGCGCGCGGGCGCUCACUCCCCGCGGGGUGCCCUCGGCCCCGCGAGCCCGGCGGCCACGCACUCACCGGCGCGGGCCGGGCCCGCCGUCGGGGGCUGAGUCCCGCGGUCCCGCCGUCGGCCGCGCGCAGGGACGGGCAGGCCGCCUCCGGGUCCCGCUCCGGCUCCGGCUCCGGCUCCCGCUCCGGCUCCCGCUCCGGCUCCGGCUCCGGCUCCGGCUCCCGCUCCGGCUCCCAGCGCCUCCCCCGGGCCGGCGGCUCCCUGAGCGCCGCGUUAUCGCCCGCGGCGGGGCGCAGGCGGCGGGGCCCGGGGCUCCCGGAAGCCGGCGGGGUCGGCCGCCCGCCCCGGAUGCCGCCCGCCCGGGCUCUGGAUCCGCUGAUUGCGCCCCAGCCCCCGCGCCCGGCCCAGCCCGCCGGCCCCACCCCCGCCCGCGGCCGCCACCAGCGCCGUCGAGCCCGCCCUUAA